UAGUGUCGAGGAAGAUGGUGAUAAUGAAAAUCUGAAAGACGAACAAAGUGAUUUAAGCAAACGUAGAGAGUCAUUCGCAAUGAGAGGAAAAUCAAAUUGCAAUGUGGAUUCUCACGACGACAGUGCCAACGCAAAGAAAAAAUCAAUCGAAGAAAAAAAUUGCCAUCAAGACGCGUUAACAGUUGCAUCGAAUAAAAGAUCCCAUGAAGAUAAAGAUUACAGUCCGGAAGAAGACAGCGAACGAUACAAAGAGGGACAUCAAAAACCGAAUACCAACCAAGUGAAAACCUACAACCGUGUCAUGUCCAACCACAGAUCGGUUACAAAACCGAAAGACGUGAAGUAUAAGAGGAUAAAUAAAGCCAAGUCGAAAAGUCUAGAAGAACUACGAGGAAGGUUAAAGAAUUGGGUAGAACAAGGUAGUAAAAUACCGGGGGGAAUUCCUUUGGAGCAUAGUCAGAGUUAUGCUUGAUGCUAAACCUGCGUAUGUAUUUUUCUUUAAUUGUGAUGUUUAAUUAAAAAACACAUUAAAUUUUGUGGUAUACUUACCUAAUUUAAUGCGAUUUUGUCAUUUUAAAAUAGUAGUCAAUAAGUUUUGUCAAUUUUUUGAAAAAAUAUAAUAUCAUAUUAUUACCUAUUUAAACAUAUCCAAGGAUCGCUUUUGACAAUAGAAUAGAAAAAAACUGCUUAAAGCUAAAUGUAAAUAAUUUUAAUUGUUACCAAAUAAGUCCUAAACUAAUUGUUAUUGAUGACAAUCAAUGUGUUAUAGGCUUAAGAUAAGGGAAUAUUGUACAUUAAAAACGAGAUAAUAAAGCACCGCAUUCUAAAUAUUACAAAACGAACACAGUGGAUUUUUUUUAGAGUGUUCAGGCUAGAAUAAAAGUUCUAUAGUGUAGGUACUAACUAUUCCUUGACGAUAUAAAAAAAAGUCUUGCCUCCUGCAUUAUAUUUUCGAUACUUACAUCUGGCAUACUGACUGAAAAUUGUAAAAUGAGUCUGACUAGGAAAUACAGUGGUCAGUAGUUGGCUCGAUUUCUAACUAAACUGUUUCACAAUACAUAAUUGUGUUUCUCCUCGAACGUCCUUUUUAUCAUUUUAUUGAAAAAAAUGCUGUAAUCGUUUUGAAUCACUCUAUGAAUAUCAAUAUAGCUUACCAUAAUGUGGAGUUAUUUCUAAUCGUAAGUGGCCUAAAAUAAUAAUUAUUGUAAAUUGGUGUUUAAUUCUUUCUAUGGAGUAAUUUAUGGUUCCUUUUAGUUUUAGUUAUGUUUUUGAAUUAUUAUAUAAAUAAUUUUUCAGCUUUCAUUGUAAAUAAAAUUAUAUAGUGGCUAUUGAUUGUCUUAUAAGCAGAAGUCAAAGCUGUGUCAAGAGUUCAUUAUAAAAUGUAAGUUAACUAUGGAUUUAACCAAAGCUCUAUAUAAAAUGAUAUUUUUGCGUCCCAAAAUUAUGAUGGUGGACUUUAAAUUGCUAGCGUAACAAUUAUUGCUAUUUAUGCGUAAUAAAAAUUUGUCGAAAUGAA